UGUGUAAGUGGUUUACAAGUUUUUCAACUUCGGCUAACUUUUUAAUCACUUGUACGGCUACAGUUGAAUCUACGUUGCAACAAUAUUCUUCAUUAAUAAUAAUUAUCUAAUUAUUGAAUUUUGAAUUAGUAAUGUUACAAUCAACAUGUUUUUUUUUCCCAUUGAGAUGACUUGAAUACAAAUAAUGUAAAAUAAACAUACCCGAAGAAAGUGUUUUUUUUAUUGUUUAUUUUCAUUUGUAAAUUCAUAUUGUGUUCAUAAAGAAGAUAUAUAGUAAAGCAUAAAUUAAGUUUGCCAAAAAAAAUUGUAUUGUGGUAUUGAAAGUGAGUGCAAAAGGAAUAGAGUAAAAAUGUCUACAACUGCCAGUGAUCAGGAUAGUGAUUCUUCCAGCAGAUCCCCACAAUCUUAUUAUAGUUAUUGUUCACCCUCUCAACAAGUACCUCAGUUGACUCCAGAUUUGAACAACUUAAUAUAUCUAGACAAUGGCUCAAAGAGAAACAGACCGUUUCUUCGCAUAAUUGAACAGCCGCAGGACUACUUUAGAUUUCGCUAUGCUAGUGAAAUGGCUGGAACACAUGGAUGUUUGCUCGGAAAGUCAUCUUCAACAAAUAAGAACAAAGUUCACCCUACAGUUGAGCUUGUAAACUACACUGGCCAGGCUGUAAUAAAAUGUCAGUUGGCCCAACAUAAGACACCUGAGGAGCAUCCGCACAAGCUAUUCGAAGAAGAACAAGAUAAUGAUGACAGAGAAGUCAGCUGCAUUGUUCCUAAACAAGGCAUUUACAAAGUCGGGUUCGGUGGAAUGGGUAUCAUACACACAGCAAAAAAAAACGUACCAGGCUUACUGUUCCAGAAGUAUGCAGAGAAGUGUAAGAACAUCAGCAACAAAGAGCUCAAAAUCCAAUGCGAGAAUAUGGCUAAAAGCAUAGAUCUCAACAUUGUGCGUUUGAAGUUCAGCGCUCACGACAUCAGCACCGAUCGUGAGAUAUGCGAGCCUGUUUUCUCUGAACCGAUACACAACUUAAAAAGUGCUGCUUCGAACGAUCUGAAGAUAUGUCGCAUCAGUCGUUGUUCCGGGCGUCCAGUUGGAGGAGAAGACGUGUACAUUUUCGUCGAGAAAGUUAACAAAAAGAACAUACAGAUACGUUUCUUCGAACUGGACGAGAAUGGACACCGCGUGUGGACGGCCAACGGGAGUUUCAUGCCUGGCGAUGUUCACCACCAGUACGCCAUAAUCUUCAGAACGCCGGCCUACAAAGAUACGAAGAUAUCGAAGAACGUGAACGUGUACAUAGAACUGGCGCGGCCCUCGGACGGACGCACGAGCGAACCUAAGGAGUUCAAGUACAUAGCCGAGCCCAUAUACUCGAACAGCAAGAAGAGAAGGAUGAAUGCCUCGUGUUCCACCUCCCCUGCUUCGUCUGGGUCGUUGAAGAGCAUCAGCGAUCUGCCCGCCCUUGUGACUCUCAAUAACAAUUUCAACGAUGAAAACAACAUUGAAAUGCCGAAAACUGAGCUGCCGGCCGCCGCCGCCGCCGCCUCCUCCCUGGGGCUUUGCGACCUCGCCGACGCGCUCAUGGGCUCCGAGAGCGCCGUGGACCUACACUCGGUCGCCGGGAACGCGAUGUGGAGCCCGAGUGCGCCCGUGGAGACGAUGAGCGUCGAGCAGUUCCCGAAUCUGCAACUGAAUUCGACGGAGUUCGAAAAGAUAAUAACGAACGCCCUGCCGCCGGAGGAAAGGAACGACUUCACGGAAUAUGCCCUAAGUUCGUACGAAUCGUUCGAUGACAUCGACGAUGAUCCAAAUGGAUGGAAAUUCAUACGUACGUUACAGAUGAUGCAAACCGAUUCUGCACGCAGUAGGCAGCAGUAUACAUCGCAGCCUAGUAAACCAGCACCGAAGACUGUUGAACCCCAAGAGAGCUCAGACAGGACCGAGCUGAAUGUACCGUCUGAUGCGAAAGAUGCAAACGAAUAUAGCGCUUAUUACAACGCCCAAGACGGCCUCGAAGUGAAACAGCUACUAAGAGAACUGACGCAGAUAAUACGCAACAAGAAGGUUCAUAAGAAACAAGAACUGAAAGACAAACUAAAGAGACUUUUCGACAUAAGACUUUCGAACGGCGACACGUACCUCCACAUGAUACUGUGCAGCAAUCAAUCCAGCAUAGCGAACAUGGUGACGAUAAUUGACAGCGUUAAAAUGACCCACCUCUUGGACUACAGGAAUUUGAAACUACAAACGUUACUGCAUACCGCCAUAGCUAAUGACUUGUCCCAUUACGUGACGUUACUAGUAUCAAAAGGAAGCAGCGUGAGUUUGCAAGAUGUAGCCGGCGACACCGCGUUCCACUACGCGGCCAAAAGCCACAAGUGCUUGGAGCCGCUACUAGCCGCAGUCAAGAAGCAUAACAUACCGUUCGACUUGAACACUUAUAAUUACGAAAAACAAGCCCCCCUGCACUUGGCGAGGACGGGACAGAACGCGCGCCAUCUACUGGAGAGCGGCGCCGACCACCGCGUGCGCGACAUGCACGGCCGCACGCCGCUCCACCUGGCCGCCUACGACAGCCGCCUCGCGCUUGUCGCCGCCCUGCUGGACUACAUACCCUCGAAAGAAAUAGAUGCAACCGAUGAAUCAGGCAACACAGCACUACAGAUUGUUUGUGGCGGGCCCUUAAGACAGAACUCCGUGGAGAUCGUCAAACUAUUACUUGCGAAAAAGGCCGAUCCUAACUUUCACGGCGCUCAGAAAGAAUCUGCCUGGAAAAUGUCUGCCGAUAAACCUGAACUAAGAGCACUUCUCUUGGAAGCUAUCGCCUUCGAAGACGGCUUCGAGAAUAAUAGUGUGAAAUCUGAACCCGAUGACGAAAUCAAGUCUGAACCUGAUGACGAGAUCAAGUCUGAACCCGAGGACGAUUACGAUUCAGCCGAUGAAGGCAGUGGCCUCAUUCUAAGAAAAUACACGGCCGAUUAUUUACAACUAGCGACCCGCCCUCGCUUCGCUUCGGAAACUGAAUACAAUGAAAUAUCAUCGAAAUCGUUAGCAUUCAUCCUAGAAGAUAUGGGAGAGUUGGAAGCGGCUGAAGUUAUAAGAAGAUACGUUGAAUAAAUUCUAUAGAAUUCUAUCGAAUUUAUUUUGAUCGCAAAUUUAUUAACACUUUGACCUGUUAAUGCACUUACGUGAGCCCGUGACUUGAAACCUGUUUUACAACUGUUUUUCUUAAAACCGAGAACCCAAUUGUUAUAUUAACAUAUAAAAAAUUGGAUUAUUAGUGAUUGUUAAAUAUUUAAAUAUAUAUUUUUUAUUAUAGAUGUAGAUACAAUGAUAAUCACAAUUUACAUAUUAAUUUAAAGUUUAUAGCAUUAAUGUAUAUAAUAAGUCUGCAACAAAAUUGUAUUUAACAAAGAAUUAGGUACAUACAUUUUUUUUAUUUAAAUUAAUCGUAUCCUAUGAGAGUAUUUGAAUUGUCUUAUUAUCUAGUCAUUUAUUAAAAAACAAAAUUUUGGUUUUGGGCAAAAAAUUCAACCCACAAUUUCUAUUCUUUAAAAUCUUUUAAACAAAAAAUUUAUGAUUGGAUUUGCUGUGUGGUCACAUGAGAAGUAAUAUUGUUAUUGUUUUAUCACGUUCGCCCUUGUAUUGCAUUCGAAAUGGAAUACGAAUAGGCGGCUCUACGUUGGAAGGAACAUCUUUAGUUGGAAUGUUCAAAAUAAUACCUGAAAUUUCCUCAAGCGGAUAUUGUAAGUUUAAUUUUAUGUAUACAUUUUUAUGACAGUUUUGUAUUAUUUGAAAUUAUUUUGUGGUUGUAGUAAUGAGGAAAUUUUAAUAUAAUCGUGUAACGAUAAUUAUCUAAUGUUUUUUUUAGAAUUCACAUAUAAAACCUCUCUUAAAAAAAAACAAAAAUCAAUUUAUCAUAUAGGCACAGACGUAACCCCUUACAUUGAUGAUGUCCAUGAGUGACGGUGACUACUUACCAUGAAAUGAGCUGUAUGCCCAUCAGCUUAAAAAGGUAAUGAAAGAAACGAAUCUAAAAUAUUAUUUAUUACACCACAGGAUAUGUCCCGUUAAAAGUUAAAGAUAAUAACGACAUACCUAUACAUACAUUAUUAUUUUCAUUGUGAUUAUGGUAGGUGUUUAAAUUUACUUAAUGGUUUUUUUAGUCCAGUAUAAUAGG